AUGUCAUCACCAUCUCUCUUAUUAUGUCGUACUCAACGGCUACCGUUAUUUAUUAUUAUUCGUUCAAAUUCAACAACUGUCACAUCUAGUACACAAUCAACAACAAAAUGGAAACGAUUAGCUUAUCAAAUCGGAGGCGGUUUAUUAGCAGUGGGUACACUAGGUUAUUGUUGGGCUCGUUCACAAGCUCUGUUGGCCUCAUCUGACAAAGCGCAUCCUGCACAAGUACCGUGGACAUUUGACGGACCAUUCUCGUCGUUGGAUCAUGCAGCAAUUCGUCGUGGUUUUGAAGUUUAUAAACAAGUGUGUGCUGCAUGCCAUUCAAUGAAAUUUCUUCAAUAUCGACAUUUGGUCGGUGUCUGUCAUACUGAAGAUGAUGCCAAGAAGGAAGCAGCGGACAAUCUCAUCGAAGACGGUCCCAAUGAUGAAGGACUUAUGUUUACAAGACCCGGAAAAUUGACCGAUCACGUACCACCACCGUACAAAAACGAUAAGGCUGCAAAGGCAGCUAAUAACGGCGCACUACCACCAGAUUUAUCAUUGAUUUCAUUGGGUCGUCCUGAUGGCUCAAAUUAUAUCUUUAGCUUAUUGACCGGAUAUCAGGAUCCACCGGCUGGUCUUAAAGGAGAAGAGAACUUACAUUAUAAUCCUUAUUUCGGCGGAGGAUGGAUCGCCAUGGCUAAACAACUCUACGAUGAUCAAAUUGAAUAUACAGAUGGAACAAAAGCUACUGAAACACAAUUGGCAGCUGAUGUUGUCUCAUUUUUGAAAUGGUCAGCCGAAAGAGAACAUGAUGAUAGAAAAAAGAUGGCAGUUAAAGGUAUCUUAAUAUUUGCCCCUCUGUGUGUAUUAAUGUAUCAUUGGAAACGUGUAAAAUGGGCAGCAAUAAAAUCUAGAAAAAUUGCAUUUUAUAAACCGCCGUCCAAUUCGAUUCAAAUUUUUAUUAAAGCUCAUAACAGAACAACACCAAUGGUCGCACGUAGUUUAACUGACUAUUAUCUAAAUCCAUAUAAUGGACAUGAAAGUUUUUAA